AAAUUCUCCAUUAUAUUAAGUUUGUUAUAUCAUUGUCGUUGUCGUUUAGGCAGACCGAAUGAUCGAAUACUGACAGCAUAAACGUGUUACACUACUACAUUUGAUAAACCUUAAAAACAUAUUUUGAAAUUACCAAAAUGGUUCUACUAGAAAAUGAUACGUUUUUAGUGGAAUUAAUACGACUUUUCGAUAAAUGUCGAUUUUCUGGUUCUAUAGUAUUUACUAUUAAAAGAUUUAAUGGACACAACAAACCAGUGCCAAGAAAAGGCAAGCCUGCGUUACCAACACCAGCUGAAUUUCUUUGUUUAAUAAGAGCUACAUGCAGAUCCAAAAAGAUUUCUACUGUUGUACAUAUUAAGGACAUAAAUAAGUUCCAUCAAGCAUAUUGGAAUUCGUUAAAGUCAAGUAUCAAUGGCCUUAAGAAACUAAAAAAGGUUAAAUCUGCAAAACCUAAAGUUCAUUAAUAUUGUGACAAUUCAGUGUUUGAUAUUUACUUAUUACAUGUGUUAUUAAAAUUUUUUGUAUAACACAAAACAUAUUUUCCCUAAUGUAUAAUGCAAUACUGCCUAAGAAAUAAAUCACAAUGUAAUAAUUUACAGCAUAAAAAUACAUGUCAAUACAAAUACAUUGUUGAAUUUUUGUAUGUAAAUAUAUAUAAAAUAUAAUUAUUGUCAACGCGA